GUUGUCAUGGUUACAGGCAGCAUUGCGAAAUUCAAGGCCAUAUUGGAAAAUUGAUAUAAAGUGGUAAGGGUUGAAUGAGGGCAAAUUUUUGCUUUAUUUGUUCUGUUGUUAUUGAGCUGCAUCUCAUUUGAUAUGUGGUUUUGUGCUGCAGCGAUAUACCUGGAUUUGCUAUGAAGUAACUUCAAAGUAUCUUGAUCUGCAGAGAAAUGUCAAAGAAGGAUAAGGAUGCAACUCUCUGCUGUGAAGUGACACAUUCAUUCAUGCCAGUCCCACUACCUCCAGAUGACCCCAGAUUCAAGCAACGUGUCGAGAACACCUUCCGCCUGGAUCCGGAGGCCAGCGAGAGGUUCAGGUGCGGCCACGCCAAGGACCUUGUACAGGCGCGCCUGACGGAGGCCCUGCAGGGGGUGCAGUACGACGUGGAGCAGGCCCGGUCUCUGGCAGUGAGCAUCGCCAACAACAUCAGACUGGACCUGGAGCAGCUAUACCUGCCCAGGUAUAAGCUGGUGGCACACGUGCUGAUCAGUGAGCGGCGCGACCAGGGCCUGGCGGUGGGAUGCCGCUUCCUCUGGGAUGACGCCAAGGACAACUUUGCUACGGCGACAUUCGAGAACCAGACGUUGGUCGCUGUGGCCGCCGUGUUCGGCACCUACUGCGAGUGACGAUACUGGGACUGUGUUGGUUGCAUAUGGAUGCGAGUGAUGACGCUCAGUAAACGCCAGUCAGUGAUUCAUUGUGACAAUUAGUGAAGGCAUCAGACGUCAGUGUGAUGUCAGUGACGUGGGUCACUGGCCUGGAGGUGAUGUGAGAAGGCGACAUUGACCAGUGGCUACAACUGACUUACUUUUGAAUUGUGAUUUCAACUUGUUAGGUCGAUGUAUCAAGGAUAGAGGGUGGAUUGUUAAGGCCUUGUACGAAUGCUGGCUCCACCGAUAGGCUUUCAGAACAUAUUACAUAACAGUGAGAAGGGUGUCAAAAUGGGCGACACAGCUACGGAAGAAACUGUGAACGACACGCCCUGCAUCGAUGUUCGGACUAGCCGGAACCGUGAUGGAGACGAUAAAUGUCUCGAUCCGGUCGGGACAGUGGAUGACAGUGAAACCCGAACCAUGAGCGAGAAGAACGACAGUGAACCCGCUAACACUGAAGGGCAGGAUGACGAAUCUAGUGAAUGUCGUGACAAUGAUGCGUCUCCGUUACGUAGAGACCAUGGUUCUGGUGGAGACGGCUGUGACGGACCUGCAGUGGAUUGCGAGCUCAGCGGUACGUCUCCUGACCAGAGGGACGGUGGCUCUGAGACUGCCGGCGCCGCGGAGAGGCCCCACAGCUCCGGGUGGCUGGUGGACGAGCCGGCCCAGCUGUCACGGCUGUACGGCGCCGCGGGUCUGCGGCCCGACCUCCGCCUGUGGCGGAUCGCCACUCCGUUCCUGAUGGACCAGCAGGCGGCCGCGAUCGCCCGGGAGAUGGAGACUGGUCAGACGGCGGUCCGGCGCCGGAGGAGGCCGCCGCCGCCUCAGACGGAGGAUCCCGUCACCGCCGGCGCCGCCCGGCUGCUGACCGAGCUCCACUCCACCGCCGACAGUCCCACACCGAGCGAGUACCGGGAGAACAACAGUGCGGCGCGUCGGGCGGCGAGGGAGGUACUGGAGGGGUCCGAGGAGCCGCUGACUGCUCCCCGGCAGGGCGGUAACCCGACGGACGAGCCGUGUUUUAUGGAGAGCGGCGGACACCGGUACGUACUGCCGGCUCGCAGCGCCUUCCUCUGUGGUGACGUCACGGCGGCGUUUGAUGACGUCACUGUGGUCAGUCAGCUGCUCGGCGACGGGCCGAGGUUUGACUGUGUGCUGCUGGACCCGCCCUGGAGCAACCGAUUUGUGAGGAGAAAGCGGAAACGGCACGGUUACCGGUCACUGGAGGCCGCAGAGCUGGCCAGUCUCCCGCUGCCUCGGCUGGCCGCCCCCGGCGCUCUGGUGGCCGUCUGGUGUACUAACAGUACCGCACACGGCCGCACGCUGCGCCACACGCUGCUGCCCGCCUGGGGCGUCCGCGAGAUCGCCCUCUGGCACUGGGUCAAGGUGACCCGUUACGGUCGUCCGAUCACCAGCGGCUCGCACCACUCCAAGCAGCCGUACGAGCAGCUGGUCCUGGGCCGACUGGGCGCGGCGCCGACCGGUCUGCCGCCGCUGCCAGCCGAGAGACUUAUUGUCAGCGUACCCUGUGCCGUCCACUCGCGGAAACCGCUGCUGCAUGACCUGCUUCGUCCGUACCUGCCGUCCGGGUACCGCGGUCUGGAGGUGUUCGCCCGCGGUCUGGCGCCCGGCUGGACGGCCUGGGGCGACCAGCCGCUGCUGCUUCAGAGGGUGGGAGGUCUGCUGAUCACCCGGCGGCAGGCUGAGGAGGUACAGCAAGCUGAGGAGGCACAGCAGAAGGCCGAGGGGCGACGGCGGGACGAGGAGCUAGAGCAGGCUGAGAAGUCACGAAAGGCUGAGCAGCAACAGAGCGACGAUGAGUUACAACAGCGGACCGAAAUACAUCAGGAUGGAAGGCGGUACGACUAGCAGCAGCAGGAUGGGCAACAUGGCGAACAGCAGGGCAAGCCGCAACAGGACUAUGGACUCCAAGGUGUUGAGCGCCAGUCUAAUAAGAAGCAGGAGCCUGAUGGACAAUGUAAUGCGAAAGAACAGCUGGAGAAACAGCUGGAGGUCCGAUAGAAGUCAGCCUUUGGACGGUUAGGCAUGUGUGACCAAACGAUGAGUCGUUUGAAAAUCUAAUGGUUUAUCGGUGUGACCGCCGGUUAAAUGGUUUACCGUCCGGUCACGGACUGAUUGUGAUGCCGCGAGUGACGUCUGAUACUGCCUGUCGUGCGUUCCAGUCCGCCCAUUCCAGUGUGAUGUGAUGAGCCUGUUGCUAAAAGUUAGUGGUUCGUGAUCUGUGUUAGCUGCUUGUAGUACAAUAUUGCCAGCUCUCAGUGCAAUACCACUGCCAACAGUGUACCAGAAUCAGCGCGUGUGUCGAGCAAUUAUUACCGGGGUAGGCUGCGCACCAGUCUGUAAUGCGUGGUUCGCGCCGAUCCAUUGUUCAAUGUUCAUGGAAAAGGUGUUCUCUGUUAGCCUCUAUUAUGUCUGUAGACUAUCGCCGUUGUCGAAUGAAUUAAAUGUCGCACUGUCCGCCUCGCCGAACCCUUCCCCGAAUCUCCGCUAAUGUUUUAUGUUAUAUUCCGUCUGUCCACAUGUGCUCAAUCGAUCACACAGUACAUAAAGAUCUCGUCGGACCGCG